CCCGCCUUUCCGGCAUCUCUUACACCUCCGCCCCCGCCCGGGACUGCGGCGCAGGCGCGAAGCAAACCCGCCUUGCUCGGCUCCAGCUCUGGCAGCUGCGGCUCGCUCUGCGGAGACUGCAGGCAGAUAGGGAUCCAAUGAUGCUGAGCUGCAGCCGCCCCUGUGCCUGUAGCCAUGGCAACACCGUGGAGGAAAGCAAGUGGUAUGGGGUCCACUCCUAUCUGCACCUCUUCUAUGAGGACUGUGCAGGGACUCCUCUCAGUGAUGACCCAGAAGGCCCCCCGGUCCUGUGCCCCCGCCAACCCUGGCCCUCAUUGUGCUGGAAGAUCACCCUGUCCUCAGGGACCCUGCUUCUGCUGCUAGGUGUGGCAGCCCUGACCACCGGCUACGCUGUGCCCCCCAAGCUAGAAACGGUCAGUGAUGGUAAGUUUCCAUCGUUGGACGAGCGAGCUGCCGACUACAACCGCGCCCUGAGCAUUUGCCGCCUGGCAGGCACUGCGCUCUGUGGGGCAGCUGGGAUCCUGCUGGCCGUCUGCCUCUUCUGGGUCACCACGGGCUGUCUAAGCCAGGACACCAAGGCAGAGCCCUUGGACACUGAAGCUGACAGCCAUGUGGAGGUCUUCAGGGAUGAGCCUGAGCAGCUGUCUCCCGCCUUCCAUGAUGCCAGUGGUCAGUCAUGGUUCGGGACGCCCACCAGCCCCUUUGGGCCGUCUUCUGUGCAGACCCUUCAGCCCAAGCGGGACUCAUGAGCCUGGCAGCUGGAGUCAGGCGUUGCCCCUCCCAGCAAAUCUCACCCUCCUGUCAGCCUAACUUCUGCUUUUCAGCAGGGCCAUUCUCUCCAGGACCCCAGUAAGCACUCUUCCAGGUCAGGUCAUGCUCAAAUCUAUCCCUCUAGAAUAGGGCCCAACUCAUCCAGAAACUGCCCUUCCUUAAGGACUCCCAAAGCUGCCCACCCACCCUCCUUCCCAAGGUCCAGUGGAGGCAGAAAACGUGCUUCAGCCUGUCCCCAAACAUCUGUCCUCCCUGUGACCUGAGUGAGGCAAGCCCCUUGUUCCUUCAGAUGACCAGCUCCUCCCUGAUACUGUGAAGGUUUGGGGACAAGAUCCUAGAGUUCUGUGACCUUCCUGUUCUCCCCAAGGUACAAGUGGUACCUUCCAGGGGCAAAGGUCAUCCUCAUCCACCAGGUGUCUUAGAGCAGCUGGGUCCAGGAUGCUCAUUUGGACCCGUUCCCCAGGACGGUGUGAAAGCAUUUACCCCUCACACCAUGUUCUUACCUGACUUUUGGCAUCUGAGUCCCACAUCCACCCCCAUCCCCAGUAACGACCACCCCCUUCCCUGUUUGCAGAUGAAGUGGCUGAGGGAGGCUGAGUUGGCGCUGUGUCCAAGGCCACAGAGUUAGGCAACCUCCAGGAACUAGACCGCCCAUCUUCAGACUCCUGGGCCAGCUCUGGUUUUGCUGCUAAAGCAAAGCCCUUCCUGGUUUCUAGGCCAUUCCCAGGUGUGGAAAGUGGCCUGAUGGUCCCAAAGAAAUUUGCGUGUGAAUUUAAAUAGUUUCUAAAAGUCAUGGCUCAAGAGGACUAAGAUGUCUUUGCCUCCCAGAGUUUACCCCUCUAGAAACCAAUGCCCAGUGGCCCUGACCCCAGAUACCAUUGGUGCCCUCCUGUAGAAACCCCCCUCCCUCCUACGGGCCUCCCAGCCAGAGGCGUCAUCUGCCACUAGAGGGCGCUCCAAGACAGCUGGCGCCCGGAACCGGUCCUCAGGCCUCGCCAUCAGCCUCUGCUGUGCGUCCUCUCUCUGUCCCUUGCCCUUUCCCCACCUUCCCUUUCAAUAAAACAGCUGGGAUGGA